GAAGAAUCCGAGCAUAAGUUGGGGGGAGCUUGUAAAGUUGUAUAACGAAAAGUUCUCGAACCGCCCUCGCAGCGAAGACGCGAUUAGGAACAGAUACUUCCGUCUUACAAAGAAAUGAGACAGCUGCCGCCUUGCCUGCAGAAGCAGUAAAGACAUAUGCUGUCAAUCAAUCUCCGCUACAAGCUUUAGUUAGAUGCACCCAAGGCACCAUGGAACAAUGUAUGGGAUGCUCAGUAGUAGAUACAUUGUAGAGAGACUGCGUCGGGAUAUAGGUGGCAUUCUUAAGACAUGUGUAAUAUCGGCUCUAGUGAUCAUCACGGUCGUCAUGUUAAAAUCAGUCGAAAUACGAAUGAAGAAUAGUGUGAUAUUCAGCACCCCUAUCGAUAAGCCGAUGGAUGUCACACUUCAUUUCCUAUUAUGCGCAUGAUGUGAUUGUUACGCGGAACACGCCUAGUCGAAUGAGCGCG